GAUGUGACAGUGUCUACCAAACUCCGAGUUGAAUUGUUCUUUCUUGGACGCAACGGAGACGAAGGGAAGGGCUGCCCGCCGUUCCCGUUUACGCAAAGGCCAAAGCCACGGCCAUAGCAAGAAAAAGGAGUUCCCGGAAAGAAACUCCACUCCUCCAAUGAUUUCCCUUUCCCCCCAUUAAAAACGGAACAAUUUCCACCUCCUUUUUGUCUUUGCCCUCACUCUUCGUCUUCUUCAUCUUCCGGUGUGCUUUGCUCUCCGCAUAAUAACAUAUAUAUAUAUAUAUAUAUAUAUAAGUGAAGUAAUACGGAAGGUUCCAAAACAGAACCAGACCUCUCUGCUCCGAUUCCGGUAGGUCAGGCGCAGCCCCAUGCCAUACUGCCGACACCGUCGUCUUCCCUGCUGAUUCGGCUCCUCCUCAUCCAUAUCUCUAUCCGUUGCCCUCCCUUGAUAGGACCCGCUAUAGCUCUAGUAUUCCAUCUGCAGCUGUGGUCCCUUAGCUUUUGCUUGCUGGGUCUUCCUUUAUUUACACGGGCGCUUGGCCAGGCGAUGAAAAGACGGGGCCUUGAUUUCGAGUCUCUCCGGGGUUUAUGCAUUUUGGGGCAGGGUUCUGAUUCUUUGGAGAAGUGUUGCCCAGCAGCUGAAGCUGAUUCUUUCUGCAUAUUGAUCGUAAGCCCUCGUUCCUGCUACCCUCGUUCCUGCUACUCUCUGUUUCUUACAAACUCGCCCUUCUGUAGUUCUUCAUUGGGGAGAACUGUGGAGAACAACCGUGUGUGUGUAGCAGUCUUCGCGUUUUAGCAUCUCUUGUUUCUGAUUGGAUUUUCUCGAAGCAGACAUUGGUUCUUGGUUAAAAGCUUGCUCUUUCCUACCGUGCCUGUGACUAAACCUUUUCGGGCAAGUCUUGACGAGAAUUUGAUUUAUUUGAUCAAGAUAUGGAUAUAAGUAACGAGGCGAGCUUGUAUCCUUUCCGGAUCGGACCCUCAUCGGUCCUCGGUCGGACCAUUGCUUUGAAGAUCCUGCUCUUUCGGUCGAUGUCCCAUUUCCGGCAACACAUUUUCCAUGUGUUGUUUAACUGCAUAUAUAGGGUAGGUCUCAUUGUAGGACCUGUGGUAUCAUGGUUCCACCCGAGAAACCCGCAAGGGAUAUUAGCGAUGGUCACCGUCGUGGCUUUCCUGCUGAAACGCUACACUAAUGUGAAAUCGAGGGCUGAGAUGGUUUAUAGGCGGAAGUUCUGGAGAAAUAUGAUGAGAGCUGCAUUGACGUACGAGGAAUGGGCUCAUGCUGCCAAGAUGCUAGACAAAGAGACCCCUAGGUUGAACGAAUCAGACCUUUAUGAUGUGGAACUGGUGAGGAAUAAGCUCCAGGAGCUCCGCCACCGGCGCCACGAGGGAUCUCUAAGGGAUAUUAUCUUCUGUAUGAGAGCCGAUCUUGUUAGGAACCUCGGCAACAUGUGCAAUCCGGAACUUCACAAAGGCAGGCUUACAAUGCCUAGGCUUAUUAAAGAAUAUAUUGAUGAGGUCGCAACCCAGUUAAGAAUGGUCUGUAACUCGGACUCAGAAGAGCUCUCCUUGGAAGAGAAGCUCUCCUUCAUGCACGAAACAAGGCAUGCCUUUGGUAGGACAGCCCUGCUCUUGAGCGGAGGUGCUUCUCUCGGAGCCUUCCAUGUUGGAGUGGUGAAAACACUUGUAAAACACAAGCUUUUGCCUAGAAUAAUUGCUGGGUCUUCUGUAGGGUCCGUCAUGUGCUCAAUUGCCGCCACUAGGUCUUGGCCUGAGCUGCAGAGCUUCUUUGAGGAUUCAUGGCACUCAUUGCAGUUCUUUGAUCAGCUCGGUGGGAUUUUCGCCGUGGUAAAGAGGGUUAUGAGUAAAGGGGCUGUUCACGAGAUCAGACAGCUGCAGCAGAUGUUGAGGCAUCUUACCAGUAAUCUCACCUUCCAAGAAGCUUAUGACCUGACGGGACGAAUCCUGGGAAUAACUGUCUGCUCCCCUAGGAAGCAUGAGCCUCCUCGGUGCCUUAACUACUUGACUUCUCCUCAUGUCAUCAUAUGGAGUGCCGUUACCGCAUCUUGUGCCUUUCCCGGCCUCUUUGAAGCCCAGGAACUGAUGGCAAAGAGCAGAAGCGGAGAAAUCGUUCCUUAUCAUCCUCCAUUCAAUGUGAACCCGGAGGAGGGGUCAGGCACUUCUGCUCGCCGAUGGAGGGACGGUAGCUUGGAGAUUGAUCUACCAAUGAUGCAGCUGAAGGAACUAUUCAACGUGAAUCAUUUUAUUGUCAGUCAGGCGAAUCCUCAUAUUUCGCCUCUCUUGAGGAUGAAGGAUUUUGUGAGAGCAUAUGGUGGAAACUUUGCUGCCAAGCUUGCUCAACUCAUUGAAAUGGAGGUGAAACAUAGAUGCAAUCAGAUUCUUGAGCUCGGGUUUCCUCUGGGGGGCCUUGCCCAACUCUUUGCUCAAGAUUGGGAGGGCGAUGUCACUGUUGUUAUGCCUGCCACAAUUGCACAGUACCUGAAGAUUAUUCAAAACCCAUCUCAUGUGGAGCUUCAAAAAGCCUCUAACCAGGGGAGGAGGUGCACCUGGGAGAAACUUUCUGCCAUAAAAGCGAAUUGCGGGAUCGAGCUUGCUCUUGAUGAGUGUGUUACGAUUCUCAACCACAUGAAGAGGCUCAAGAGGAGUGCCGAGAGAGCUGCAGCUGCUGCUUCUCACAGUCAGUUUUCCACAUCUAAAUUCAAUGGUUCUAGAAGGAUUCCUUCCUGGAAUUGCAUUGCUCGGGAGAACUCUACUGGGUCCCUUGAGGAUCUUACAGAUGUGGCUCCGUCGCUGCUACAAGGAGUUGGCAAUGGGCCUAUCAGUGAAGGAUCAUCUCCCGGAAGCAAUCUGCGGCUUCAUCCGGGUGGGCAUGAAGGAAGCGACAACGAAUCUGAGGGCACAGGUUUGAAUUCUUGGACGAGAUCUGGUGGGCCCCUGAUGAGGACUGCUUCAGCUGAUAUGUUCGUUGACUAUGUUCGUAAUUUAACUGUGGAAGUUGAUCAGAAACCUUUGCGUGGCGACUCAGAAGCUAACAGUCAAACGGGAAGAGAUCUCUUUUAUUUACAGAGCCCAAGGGUGACGACUCCAACAAGAAAUCUGGAAAGCACAGAGACUGAUCUGAACAGGAGCGGCUCGAGCAUCACGGUGACUGAAGGCGACCUUUUGCAGGCAGAAAGGAGUCGAGAAGGGAUAGUAUUUAACGUACUGAAGAAAGAGGAAUUGAAUCUGUCAGAGCAGGGGCAGACAAGUAACUCUGAAAUAGCAGAGUGCGUGCAGCUCGACUGUUCCGAUAGGGAGAUGGACGCGAGCUCAAUCUCUGAAUAUAGCGAGGAUGAAGACGCAAAGGAAAAAGGCUUGGAAGAGACUGCUUGUCAUGAAGAUUGCGGAAAUGAGAGCAUGCCUGUGGAUCGGUAACACCCUUGCGAUCAUAUCUGCCCUGCUACCAGAGAGUGCUGAUUGCGAAGCUUGUUUGGUCUUAUGAUAGCACGGAGUCCAGGUAGAACUAGCAAACAUAACAUGUCCCGUAACUUCUCCGUUGCAGUCGAAAUGUCUUGAUGCCUCCGCUCAUCUUUUCAGUACGAGAUGCUAUUUGAGGUGUAAUCUUUACAUGCUGUAUUUGUAACAUUUAAUCAUGCUGCUUAUAAUAUUAACUUGGUAAUUAUGUCGA